AUGAAGGAACAUCCACAAGAACAGAAGAAAGUGGAGAAAUCAUACAUUCCUUCCCUCCCAUAUCCUCAAUGGUUCAAAAGAGAGCUUAAAGAUCAACAAUUUCCCAAGUUCCUAAAGGUUUUUAAGAAGUUGGAAAUUAACAUCCCACUUGCUGAAGCAUUGGAGCAGAUGCCUCUAUAUGCAAAAUUCCUCAAGGAGCUCAUCAACCAAAAGAGAAGCCAGAAUGAAAAAGAAACAGUGAUCUUGACCCAAGAGUGCAGUGCAGUGAUUCAAAAAAGCAUGCCACCAAAGCUCAAAGAUCCUGGAAGCUUCAUCGUAUCAUGCACCAUUGGCAAUAUGACCUUGGAAAAAGCUCUUUGUGACUUAGGUGCCAGCAUCAAUUUGAUGCCUCUCUCAGUAAUGAAAAAGCUUGCGAUAGAAGAAGCCAAACCCACUAAAAUGUCACUUCAAAAGGCUGAUAGAUCACUCAAGAUACCUAAUGCAGUGGUGGAAAAUUUAUUGGUGAAGAUUGGAGAGUUCAUUUUUCCCGCUGACUUUGUCAUUAUAGACAUGGAAGAAGAGGGACACAACUCAAUUAUCUUGGGGAGACCUUUCUUAGCCACAACAAAAGCUAUUAUUGAUAUAGAGAAUGGUGAAAUGAUCCUCAGGGUGCAUGAUGAACAAAUGAUCAUCAAUGUUUUCAAAGCCAUGCAAUACCCCCCUGAGGAAGAAAAGAAUAUGAGAGUGGAAAUGAUAGAAGAUCUGGUGGAAGAAGUGUUUAAAACCAACGGUCAAGAAAAACAAGGAGAAUAA